UAGUGUCCACAGCGCACGCGGGGACGCGGACGCGAGCCGGAGCCUCGGCCUCUUUUCCUGCCCUCCCCUCGCAGCCGUCUCCUCACUGCCGGACCGGAACUAUGUGAUCCCGGAAGUUCCGGGGCCACUGCUGUGUGGGAUAAACAGUAAUGGCGGAGGCUGCGGCUCCCGGAACAACAGCCACAACAUCAGGAGCGGCAGCGGCCUCCCUCGCCCCUUUCCCCACCGUCACGGUGCCGUCGCCGGGGGCGGGCGGGGAGGGCGGCGGCAGCGAAGGCAGCGGCGGCGGCUGGACCAAGCAGGUCACCUGCAGGUAUUUCAUGCAUGGGGUUUGUAAGGAAGGAGAUAACUGUCGCUACUCACAUGACCUCUCCGACAGUCCCUAUGGUGUAGUUUGCAAGUAUUUCCAGCGAGGGUACUGUGUGUAUGGAGACCGCUGCAGAUAUGAGCACAGCAAACCAUUGAAACAGGAAGAAGCAGCUGCUACAGAUCUAACCACAAAACCAUCCCUUGCCGCUGCCCCAAGUCUCUCCUCCGGUGCUGGACAACUUGUGGAAAUGAAUACGGACGAGGCUGAGUCCAGAAAUGCAAACCUCCCUGCUGUGGGCGCAGGGUCUGAGGACUGGGUGAACGCCAUCGAGUUUGUGCCAGGGCAGCCCUACUGUGGCCGCACCGCCCCGGCCUGCACAGAGACCCCCGUGCAGGGCCCAGUGCCCAAGGCAGAGUCUGAGAAGGAGCCAGCUGCAGUGGAGACCAAGAAGCAGCUCUGCCCCUAUGCUGCCGUGGGAGAGUGCCGCUACGGGGAGAACUGUGUGUACCUGCACGGGGACGCCUGCGACAUGUGUGGGCUGCAGGUCCUGCACCCCGUCGAUACGGCCCAGAGGUCCCAGCACAUAAAAUCUUGCAUCGAGGCCCAUGAGAAGGACAUGGAGCUGUCCUUUGCCGUGCAGCGCAGCAAGGACAUGGUGUGUGGCAUCUGCAUGGAGGUGGUGUAUGAGAAAGCCAACCCCAGUGAGCGCCGCUUCGGCAUCCUCUCCAACUGCAGCCACACCUACUGUCUCAAGUGUAUUCGCAAGUGGAGGAGUGCUAAGCAGUUUGAGAGCAAGAUCAUAAAGUCCUGCCCCGAAUGCCGGAUCACAUCUAACUUUGUCAUUCCAAGUGAGUACUGGGUGGAGGAGAAAGAAGAGAAGCAGAAACUCAUUCAGAAAUACAAGGAGGCAAUGAGCAACAAGGCAUGCAGGUAUUUUGAUGAAGGCCGUGGGAGCUGCCCAUUUGGAGGGAACUGUUUUUACAAGCAUGCGUACCCUGAUGGCCGUAGAGAGGAGCCACAGAGACAGAAAGUGGGAACAUCAAGCAGAUACCGGGCCCAACGGAGGAACCACUUCUGGGAGCUCAUUGAGGAAAGAGAGAACAGCAGCCCCUUUGACAACGACGAAGAGGAGGUUGUCACCUUUGAGCUGGGCGAGAUGUUGCUUAUGCUUUUGGCUGCAGGUGGGGACGACGAGCUGACUGACUCUGAGGACGAGUGGGACUUGUAUCAUGAUGAGCUGGAAGACUUUUAUGACUUGGACCUAUAGCGGCUUUGUGUGGCUAGGGAACGGCCUGCCGAGCCUCAGACAGUAGCUGUCCCCUGUGCCGUGUGGCAGUGUGUUGCUCUCCUAGGCAGGCCUCAACUCCAGGUGCUGUCGUGACCACUUACCAGGGCCUGCUCUUCACCCCACUUCCCCAAGAGUGUGUCGUUUUCUCUGUUUCAAAAGUUACAAAAAUAAAUCUUCAAGUUAGUUUUUUUUUGUAACAUCUA